CAGAAAGUGAAGACGUUCUUCAGGAUCAAAGAGAUUUUUACUUAGGCAUGGACCAGGCUGCUUGCCCGGACCCCAAAACCCAGCUCUCAGGACUUGAUCCAGUUUUUUCCUGGACUAAAGAGCCAGAGGAGUAUGUGCCCAGAAAAUGCCAGAAAAGUGUUCCAUUAAGUGCAGAAGAUUUAAAUCAUAGUUACCAAAUUAGCAAUGAAAUAAACUUCUUUCCCUCUUUCACUACUUCCACUUUGUGUGAUCUGAAGUUAGAUAUAGUUCAAAAUAACCUGGGCCAAACCUCUGAUUUCAACCAGACUGAACCAAUUCCAAAUGAGUCUUCAGGGUGUCAGGAAGAUGGCCCUCGCCUCAGAGCUGUAUUUGAUGCUCUAGACAGAGAUGGGGAUGGUUUUGUCCGUAUAGAAGAGUUUGUUCAAUUUGCCACAGUUUAUGGUGCAGAACAGGUAAAGGAUUUGACUAAAUACCUGGAUCCCAGUGGACUUGGUAUCAUCAGUUUUGAAGAUUUUUAUCGAGGGAUUACAGCUAUCAGCAAUGGAGAUCCUGAGAGCCAGUUAUAUGACAUUGGAUAUGUCCAAGAAGAUUCUCCUGCCUGCCCUGAUGAGUUUGAUGACUUUGUUACUUAUGAGGCAAAUGAGGUGACAGACAGCGCUUACAUGGGUUCAGAGAGUACUUAUAGUGAAUGUGAGACCUUCACAGAUGAAGAUACCAGCACACUGGUACAGCACGAAAUGCAUAACGAAGUAGAAACAGAUAGCGCUAUUGAUUCUGCUGGGCACUCUGAAUGCCCAGAUGGCAUAGAAGAACCAGAGAAUGGGCCACUACUCCUCACACCGGGCAACUCUGACCUGAACAACCACUCCAUCGUUACUGUUAUCAGUGGUGAGGAGCAUUUUGAAGAUUAUGGAGAAGGAAAUGAGGCGGAAUUGUUUUCUGACAACUUGUGUAACGGAGAAGCUGGCUUUAACAGUUCUUUUCUUUCUCCCAGUCCAAAUAAGCGACUCUCCAGCAAGAAGGUAGCAAGACACCUACAUCAGACGGGGACCUUGACUGUGGAGGCUAUGGAAGAACCUUCUCGGGAUCCCUUGGACUGUACUGAUGAGGACAUUGCUGACAAGGUCAUCUUCUUGGAGAAGAGAGUGACAGAACUAGAGAAGGAUACUGCGGCCAGUGGAGAGCAGCACAGUCGGUUAAAACAAGAAAACCUGCAAUUAGUGCACAGAGCCAAUGCCCUUGAAGAGCAGUUAAAGGAGCAGGAGUUGAGAGCUGAUGAGAUGAUCCUUGAAGAAAUCAGAAAACAGAAGGAACUCUUGUGCAAGAUGGAGAGAGAGAAAAGCAUUGAGAUUGAGAAUCUCCAAGCCAGAUUACAGCAGCUGGAUGAUGAAAACAGUGAGCUGAGAUCCUGCACCCCCUGUUUGAAGGCCAAUAUCGAGAGACUAGAAGAGGAAAAGCAGAAAUUGCUAGAUGAAAUAGAAGACCUAACCAUUCAACUCAACGAAGAGCAGGAAAACAAAAGGAAAAUGGGAGACAAACUGAGUCAUGAAAGACAUCAGUUUCAGAAAGACAAGGAGUCAACACAGGAGCUGAUCGAAGACCUCAGGAAACAGUUGGAGCACUUACAGCUAUUUAAGCUUGAAGCCGAGCAAAGGCGAGGCCGGAGUAGCAGUACCGGGCUCCAAGAAUACAACAGUAGGACACGAGAGACUGAGCUGGAGCAAGAAAUCCGCAGACUGAAGCAGGAUAAUCGAAAUCUAAAGGAGCAGAAUGAUGAGUUAAAUGGGCAAAUUAUUAACCUCAGCAUCCAAGGCGCAAAGAACCUCUUCUCUGCCUCUUUCUCCGAGUCUCUGGCAGCCGAGAUCAGCUCUGUUUCACGUGAUGAGCUCAUGGAGGCAAUUCAAAAGCAGGAGGAGAUCAACUUCCGUCUCCAGGACUAUAUUGACAGAAUCAUUGUGGCAAUCAUGGAAACCAACCCCUCUAUCUUAGAAGUGAAGUAAAGGAAUGAAAUGCUGCCCCUCCAAUACUGGUGACCUGGUGUGACCUUGCUGCUCUGAGCUUCAGGGGGCCCUGCUAAGCUCUCUAGACCACUAAGGUCUCAUCUCCAUCAAGGGGCAAGGAGGAUCACAUCCCAUUGCCUGAACCAGCCCAGAGCAAUUGAGAGAAAAGCAGAUACAGCUUUGGUUUGGGGUUCUACCCUUGCUUGACUGAGCAGGGUGAAAGGGAAGGUAGUAAAUGAGAACAAGAAGCAAGGGGAAGAUGGGGAAGAGUUUUGGAGAAAUGGGAAGGAGAAAGGACACUGCCUCCUUGCCAGUGGAACCAUCUGAAUACAAGGUUAGAGAAAUAGGCAGUGAUUCAGUGAGUGUGAUUUGAUUCCCCACCUUAUUCUGGCAGAUUCCUUUUGUUCUUGAGAGAAAAAGGUUCUCCAGGCUUCUUGCCAUAUUAGAUAGGCUAGUUAGAGAGAUUCCUUCUGACUCCAGUUAACCAGUCCAAUAUGAAUCCCUCAAAGCCCAUUUAAAUUCUGAAUGCUCUUGCUUCUCUCUAGCUUGUUUGAUCACAAUCUCCCUCAUAGGUAAUGUGAAGGCAGGUCUGCAAGUGAGUUGUAUUUUGACUCAGAGCUUCUAAAGUGCUCGUGCAGUUAGGUUCCUCUGUUAAACCUUACUUGGCUUCUGCCUCCACGCUUCAAGGAAUGUUCCUGGAAAAUGACUGGUUGAUUUUGAGUGGAGUAAAAGGGAAAGGAAGCCAUUAGACUUCCUCUUGAGACAUGCAUUGUGUAUUCUGACUUAUUUUUGAACCCAUCUGUACCACAUGUGAUCCAGACAGUUCCUAUUUGAGGUCAAGUUGAUUUUAUUUCACACCAGAUGUAAAGAGUGUUAGCUGCUGUGUACCCAGCUUCUUUUUCCCUGUUCUGAGCAAAUACAAUUGUAUCCUUGAAGGAGAUGGAUGAAACUGAAUUACAGAUGACUAGAGGGUAUUGGAAAGGACCAGAUUGGACAGUGGUUUAAAACAGAAAUGUGGUUAUGAACUCUUGUAAGUGGGCUAUUUUUUCUCUCAAAGCAGAUUGAGGGAAGCUAGGCUAAAUUUACUUCUGUUGGAACCAGAUUGGUAGCAGAUUCCCUCUCCCCAAUUCCUUUCCCAGCCUUCCCCUUGUCCGUGUAGCCUUAGUAUUGCUCAGGCCAGCAUCUCACAGCAAAAAUUGGGCACACUGCACCUUAGCCAAGGUUCUGCCUCACCCUGUCCCUUGCUGUAGUAUCAUGAGAAUCUUCAGGAGUCAAUCUUAUAUUCAAGAUUCAAGGAUUAUUGGUACUUAGUCAGGAAUCCUUCCAGGCCCUGUUAGCUGAGAUCUUCUUGGAGGCACAUGUGGCUUAUUGCAAUAAUCCUUCUGGCGUAGGCUCUGUUAGUAAUAUUUUGAAACUAUACAGAAUAACCCUUCUCCAGCUCACCAUCACUAUUUCUAUGAGAUGAAGCUUGUAUUCUUCUCAAAACCAGGGGAGAGAAUAGGCUUUUGACUUUAUAUUUAGUUCUUUUUUCUUCAAAAUGGAGAAAGGCCCUCCAUUCUGCUGGAUAGAUUACUAGAAGUACCUUGAUAUCCCCAGGACAAUGUGACAGUAGGGAUUCAGCCUUAUUCAGCAUUCCAGUGGGUUGAUGGUAGUGGGAAGAUCAUUCAUUAGAUGUUAAUUUCAGAUAUUUGGGAGACUGGAUUUAUUAUCCCUGACAUCGGACACUUUGACAUAUUAAUCAUGUCUCAAUUGUUUUUUAAAUACAAAAAGGCUCAGAGAGGGCCAUCUGAAAUCCCCUUCUAUGUGAAAGUGGCAGACUUUUAGAAUCUUUUGACUUUCAAGUCUCUAGACAGUCAAAUGAUGAGACUCCAGCCUCCUAGCCAAGCUUAUUGACAGCUGCCUUGAACAGGCAAUGACUGGUGUGAGUUAUUCUGCUGCUUGUAGGAUGACCACAGUCCCUGCUGCUUUGGGGAGCACAAUCUUGUCUGAUUUACAUAGUGUUUUUCAGUGUGAACACCAUGGGAGUUUUCUACAUCUGUACCACAGAAUGUGUGUGGACUUUUCUGGGCUUCAUGUUACACACUUUAAGGUGCCAUAAAAUGGACAGAUGAACUCUUUUUGAACUGGGUUUUCUUCCCACUUAUCCACCAUGUUGUUGGUUUUUGUUCUUGCUCCUUAAGAAUAGUUUGUUCCUUCGCCAUGGUGUGUCUUUUGGCAAGGGGAAGGGGAGACUGGGAUUGAUCAAAUCCCUGCCUUAGAAAGUGAUAGGUGACUGGGAGUAGUUGACAGUGGCAUUCCAAAGGCAAAGAUUGAAUGGAAAAAAAUGUCCUCCCUGAAUAUUUGUGAAAUAUAUUUAAAAAGAAAUUCCCUCUUCCGGAGUUCUUCCUUUCCUCAAUCUCUCCCAUUUCCCCAUCCCAUCCCCUCUCCGGCCUGGAUUGGGUUGUGCUUCUAGAUUCCUUAUGGCUUUUCAUGAGCUUCCCACCAGAUCACUGGCUGCUUUGGCAUGUCCUCCUGGAGACUCCACAAAGUGGGCUCCCCCAGCAGCACAGGGGAGACCAGUUACCCUGAGACCCUCUGAACCUGAGCACUGAGCCAUGAGGCCUUCCUUUCCUUCUUCCCUUCCACAAAUUUGUCCUGUUCCCAGUCUCUGUUUCCCCCUCCUGUGAGUAUGGGUAUGUGUGCACACCCCCUCCUUUCCCACCAAGAUUCAAGAUGUUGCCUCGUACAUUUUUGGAAAAGCUUUGGGUGUAAAUCAGUGUAUACUGGGAGGAGAGAUUUUUCUAUCUUGUAGAGUAGGUAUUUUUUAUAGACUGAAGGUUGAUCAAUUUUUUAAUACUUUCAAGAGAGAAAACUGUAUCUGUGUAUACACAUUAAAUAUAUAUAUAUAUAUGUAUAAAUAUAUAAAUAUUGAAGCUCAGCCUUUCUCCACUGGGGGUACUGUAUCCUUGGUGACACACAACCUUUUUGUUUUCUGUUGAUCACUAAAAGGUACUGUAAAUGUAUAUAUGACUCGCCGCCGGGAAAAGUCUAAAGACAAAACAAAACCAAGCAAACAAAAAUACACAGCACUGACUUGAGCACUGACCAUGCUUUAACUCCCCCAAGGAAACUUUGCCUCCAGAUGAAGUUCCUGGGCCCCUGGUGUGGGGAAGGAAUGUCAAGAAAAGGCGACCGCCAUUGUCUUAAAUGAUGCACCGACUCCUGUCCCAUUAAAAGCUGUUACCGUGAA